UUCAACAUACAACGAAUUACCAACACAAACGUUUAAGUCACAUUAUGGACUGAUAAGGAGCAGAAUGAGGAAGUUGUUGUUAUUAGCUCUCUUAUUAUAUGACGUUGUAGAAGGAAAUAGAUUAAACAACUUCGAUUACGAUGAUAUGGAGAAAAGACAUUCGUUUAUAGAUGAAAGGAGGAAUUGGAGAAAAAAGGCACUUUUAAAAUCACUUGAGCCUGACCACAAGGAUUGGGAUGAAAGAAGGAGAUACGAACAAGAGAACCUCAGAUAUUACGAUGAUAUGGAUGGAAAACCUGGUUCUAUUAGAAAGGGUGAAUAUGACAUUGCAGGUGCAUCUUAUGGAAAUCAAAAACAAUUGGAAGAAAUAGACAAAGCACAUUUACAGUCCAGAUACAGGAGCAGUGAAACAGGCCACGCAAUCUCGCCAACGGACAAAGACGGUGAAAGAAAAGUUCCAUUUACAAUGAAUUGUGAAAGACCACAUGAAAGAUAUGAAGCAUGUUUUUCGGGUUGCGCCGCUAUAACGUGUGACAACCCGCGAGAAAGAUUACGACCUUGCUACCCGUUCUGUGAACCGGGUUGCAUUUGUAUGCAACCUUAUGUACGCGAUGACAGGACUCAUAAAUGUGUACUGCCGGAGGAUUGCACCAAGGGCCUUAAAGGUAUUCCGGAUUUGGGUGAAGAUGUGUAAAGAAAUUUUAAGGUCUUUAGAAAAGUUCAAAACUGUUGGUAAUUGCAUUAAAAAUUCUACAAAGUCAA